AUGAUUUUUUUGAUACUAACCCUGAAAGACUUACAUGAUGAAGUAAAAAAUGAUGUAAAAGUUUUUACAGGAGAAAUAGCUGGUUUGAAUAGAAAAAAACAUAAAACAGAAGAAGAAAUAGAAGAAAUAGAAAGGAUUAAAAUGCAAAAAGAUAUGCUACUUAAAUAUAAAAACAUUCUUAAACUUUAUUUAGGUUCGCUUGAGUAUCAAAUGGGAGAAGGAAUGAUUUACUUUAACAACCCACAUCAACUCCUAGACAGACUUGAAUUACUCGGUGGCUCAAUUCUUGCUGGGAAUAAUGGUGUAAUACCUGAGUUUUCUCAAAUUGCACAUCUUCUCAACCAAAUGAAAGUAAUAUCAAAAAAACAAUUAAAUGAUCUACUAAAAAAUUAUAUAUCUAUUAAAUAA